GAAAUUAACACUUGAGAUAUUUGCUUUUUUAAAACCCGAAUAACGGAGGGGAGGGAAUGCAGCAACGUAUCGUUUCCCGUUCUCGUUAUCUUAGUAAUUUCAGAGGCAGAUGCAGAGGUCGCUUUCAUUCCUGGUGAUUUCCACCGUCCUCGCUCUAUCCAUUCUAGAUAUCUCCAUCGUCCAACCUUCACAUUCAAUUUCGCGGCGCCGAUCACCGGACAAUGGCGCUCUCUCCCUCUGUGCUCAGCUCAUCCAACCCAACGGCUAUCCCUGCACUGAACAUACUAUUCAAACAAAGGAUGGCUACUUAUUGGGUCUCCAACGUGUGUCAUCUAGCAAUGCUAAUCUAAAAGUUCAGCGAGGUCCUCCUGUUUUGCUGUUGCAUGGUCUCUUUAUGGGAGGUGAUGCAUGGUUUUUGGAUUCUCCUGAGGAGUCAUUGGGCUUUGUCCUUGCAGAUCAUGGUUUUGACGUAUGGGUUGGAAAUGUCCGUGGAACACGUUGGAGUCAUGGCCAUAUAUCAUUAUCUGAGAAUGACAAGGAUUUUUGGGAUUGGAGUUGGCAGGAAUUGGCUCUGUACGAUGCUGCAGAAAUGAUACACAACAUAAAUAUAAUCACAAGCUCAAAAAUCUUCAUUGUUGGACAUUCACAGGGAACAAUCAUAACCUUGGCUGCUCUCACCCAACCGGAUGUAGUGGAAAUGGUAGAGGCUGCUGCUCUUCUGUCGCCAAUAACGUACUUGGAACAUAUUAGUGCUCCUCUUGUACUAAGAAUGGUUGGCGUGCAUCUUGAUCAGCAGAUGGUUUUUGCUAUGGGCUUGCGUGAACUGAACUUUAGAAGUAAUGUGUUAAUUGGUCUUGUUGAUUCCCUAUGCGAUGGCCAUUUAGAUUGCAAUGAUUUACUAACAACCAUAACAGGGAAAAACUGUUGCUUUAAUAACUCAAGAGUGGACUUCUAUCUGGAAUAUGAACCUCAUCCUUCUUCAGCAAAAAACAUGCGCCAUCUGUUCCAGAUGAUCCGUAAGGGUACUUUUUCGCUGUACGAUUAUGGAUUCUUCAAAAACUUGAAGCUAUAUGGUCAGACAAAACCCCCAGCAUUUGAUCUUAGCCACAUUCCCAAGUCUUUGCCAUUAUGGAUGUGUUAUGGUGGAAAUGAUGCCUUAGCAGACGUGACAGAUGUACAGCAUACUAUAAAGGAAUUGCAGUCAACACCAGAAUUGCUUUAUCUCGAAAACUAUGGUCACAUGGACUUUAUCUUGAGCAUAAAAGCAAAGGAAGAUUUUCACAGCCAUAUGAUUGGGUUUUUCAGGUCUUUGGGAAAGUCCAGUAGUUCUGAAAUGAUUGCUUUAUAUGAUAUGUGAUUAUAAUUCUCAAUGUAUUCAACUGAUUAUCUGUAUGUAUAUAUUGUAGGUCACAUUUGUUCUCUUUUUAAUCAAUCAAGAUAAAGAUGUUUAGAAGGGAAAA